AUGCAAAUUAGUGAAAGUGAUGCAGUUGUGUAUAGAUCAUAUGAGGCGACCGAGGGAGGGAUCAAUAAAAAGUUUAUUGAAUCAGAUAAUAGAAAAGCAAGAUCUACGCUUGAUCUUUCCCAGGCCACCUCUAUUGUCAUUGGCCAAAAUGUCGUCUUUGCUCUCACCGAUUCCAAUACUAUAAAGUCCAACUCUGGAGUCGUUCUCUUAACCCCAACUACCAUCUCUUCUUCCCCAUCUAUUGCUGGUAAUUCUGCCACUUUAACUUUGAAGAAUUCAUCAUCAAUAUUAACUGAUACCAAAUUAGAUCUUUGUCAUGGAACAAGUGAAUUUGUUGCCAAUAUUGCUCCAGUCCACUUUGUCUAUACCACUUCAUUGAAUAGUAACGAUGCUGUCUUUGAAGGUGGUCUCGUCACCAUUGUAAAGGAUACUACUGCCUCUAAAAAGUGGUCUGGUAUCUACUUGAAUACUACCACUCCAAACCAUCCAACCGUCCAAAUUACCUCCAAGAUUGCCAAUAAUGACAAAUUCUAUACCAAUCUUCCAGUGUCUAUUCCAUCGGCUGCUACCACUCUUUUAGGUUACCAAGGUUGUCGUUUUACUUUUGCUUCCAAGUUUAUCGGUUCUGGUUCGUUGACUUUUACCAAUGGUUGUUCAGCCUCGUUCUACAACCUCAAUAUGCAAGGUGGUUCAGUCAACUACAACGCUGCCAACAUGGAUCUCUCUGGUGGAGGCAAUACUGUCACCAACACUAUCAUUAAUAUCAAUAGUUAUUCCACCGUUGUCAUUUAUCAACAAAGACCAUGGGCUCUUCCAUGGAGUAGUCCAAUUGGUAGUCUCCAAUUGGACGACACUGCUCAAGUCAACUUUGUCGACCCAAGCACCACCUCGCUCUACCUCCAAUACAACAACAACCUUGCCGGCAGAGCCCCCAACGUCCAAUUCUCCCUCAUUGUCUCCAAUGGCGGUAUCAACUGCAAUGGAAUGUACCGUUCACGUAACAAGACUGUCGUUCCAGGCCAACAACUCCGUGUCUUGGUCUUCCCCAACGACGUCAGCGCUGCCUACCAAACCCAAUACGAUGCCAUCAGUCUUUGCACUCCAGAGUCCUUCUCUGCUCGUCUCUUUUACAAGGCCACUACCUACCCAGAAGCUGUCAAAUGGGAUACCUGUGAAAUCGGUCAAGUCAAGUGCAGACUUGGAGGUUGUGCUCCAGUAGGAACUUGCCCAGAGAGUUGUGCACCAGGUAUGCUCCCACCCCCAGGCAACACCAAUGCUCUUGCCAACUGUUGGGAUGGUUCAUGUGCCUUUGGUGCUGAAUUGUGUCCUCCAUUCCCAGCCUGUCCCACAACUCUCCCAGUUCGUUGUGAUGGCUACUGUGCCCCACUAGGAUCGACCUGUGAUGCCUGUGCCUUCCCAUGUCCAUCUGGAUGUCGUGCCUCUGCCACCGACGUCUGUCUUCCCUACAAUGGAUGUCCAUCCAACCAAAUCCAAUGUCCAAACAACUUUGCUUGUGUCUCUGACGAGAGCCAAUGCGCUGCCCAUGGCACCUCCACCCUUCCAUUCUCACGUCGUGUCAUCCCAUCGUACACUGACAUUUACACCAACCACAACUCACCAGUCGUUGUCUGGAGAGAUGACCCAUACAGCACCAACAACACCAUCUCUGGUAUCUAUGCCAGCUUCCCACCCGGAACUGCACUUGGUCAAGCUGUAUUCCUCACUGUCCGUUCCGUCCCCGAUUCUAUCGCCAUCACUGCCGGUGGUCUAGCCGUGUCAUCCACCUUCAACUACUACAAGAGUUUGUUGACCGCUCCCAUCCAAUUUGUCUUUGGUGUCGGUUCUGCCAACCUCGCACUAUACGACUCGCCAACCUUUGUCGUUCCAGUAUCCAUCUUUUUUGCCGCUCCAGCCCUCCCAUCGACCGACUAUUGUGUCGCCAUUAUCAACGCCUCUAAUCAAUGGGAAUGCAUCUCAACUCCACUCGUCUCGCACAAGAGUGGUUCCUAUAUUGAAGCCAAAUUCACAGUUCUUCCAACUGCUUUUGCUUUAAUUAAAACUAUCUAG